GUCGAGCGUCGUGGCGGAGUUUAUUUUUCGACUUUCGCAAGGAUCCGUUUCCAGCCGAAGUUAUGUCAGUAUCGCUGAAUGCCCUCAACAGCGACUCUCACGUGGAGCUGAGCCAGUACCGAGACCAGCACUUUCGGGCACAACAAUGAACAGUUGAUGAAGGCCUUGACACGAGGAGGACACAGCGCUGACAUUGAGCACACAUAAGGGAAGCCGAUAUGAGCAGGACAGACUGCUGAGAUACAGUUGUACUCUCUAUGUUGGGAAUCUGUCAUUCUACACAACUGAAGAACAGAUCUAUGAGCUCUUCUCAAAAAGUGGAGAUGUUAAAAGAAUCAUCAUGGGCCUGGAUAAAAUCAAGAAAACUUCAUGCGGAUUCUGUUUUGUGGAAUAUUACACACGUGCUGAUGCUGAACAUUGUAUGAGGUUUAUUAACGGAACACGUUUGGAUGAUCGCAUUAUCAGAACAGAUUGGGAUACCGGCUUCAGGGAAGGCAGGCAGUUUGGCCGAGGAAAAUCUGGCGGUCAGGUGCGUGACGAAUACAGGACUGAUUAUGAUGCCGGAAGAGGUGGUUUUGGAAAGCUGGUCCAGAUGCAGCGGGUUCCAGAACCAAGACAGAAAUUCUAGAGUUUACAUUGUCUUUGCAUGUACAUUUUCAGUUAAUG